AGAAGAAAAUGGCAAUCAUCUCCUCCUCCUUCUGCAUCCUCAUUUCAUCCUUGGCUCUUCUUUCCACAGUUGGAGAAGGUUAUGGGGAUGAAGAAACCAGGAAAGGUGGGGAAGUGAAGAAGGUGUUGUUCGUGUUCGGGGACUCGUACGCGGACACAGGGAACCUUCCCACCUCAGUUUCCAGGUCGUGGAAGUCACCCUACGGCAUCACUUUCCCUGGAAAACCAUCCGGCAGGUUUUCCGACGGCCGUGUUCUCACUGAUUACAUAGCCUCAUUUCUCGGCAUAAGAUCCCCAUUCCCAUACCGUCGGCUCAAGAAUCUAAAUACGAACACGAUACGAUACGGAAUCAACUUUGCGCACGGAGGGACGGGAGUGUUCCAAACGCUGCAGGUUGAUCAACCAAACAUGACUGCGCAGAUCGACUUCUUCCAACAACUGGUGGAUAAAAACGUGUACAGGAGUGAAGAGCUGAGCUCGUCGAUCGCGCUUGUUUCUCUGGCGGGCAACGACUACUCCACUUACUUGGCCAGACAUGGCAGCUUCCAGGGUUUGCCGGAACUGAAAAGAUCAGUGAUCGAGCAGUUAGUAUUGAAUGUGAGGAGGAUAAAAGACUUCGAGAUCAAGAAAAUAGCCAUCACAGGAAUUGAACCACUAGGCUGCUUGCCUAGAAAUAGUGCUGCUUCUUCAUAUAGAAAUUGCAAUGCAGAAGAGAACAAUUUCUCACAGUCCCACAACAUACUGCUGCAGCAACAUAUAUGGGCUUUAAACUAUGAAACUGCUGCCCCUGUCUUCAAAUACCUAGACCUCUAUGAUGCUUUCAUCUCUGCCUUGAAAAUAGACCAAAAGUCUCCAGGGAAUUUGACAGAUAAAUUGAAGCCAUGCUGUGGUGGUGCGAAGGGCGAAGACGCUUAGUUGACAACAAUGGUGUGAAGAAAUACGUUGUGUGUAAGAAUCGCAGUCACUCAUUUUACUGGGAUUCUAUACAUCCUUCCGACAAGGGCUGGCGCGCUGUUUAUUCGGCUCUAAAACGCUCUCUGCCUUCUCUUCUUCUG